CCCGUCAAGACGACACAACCACGAGAAAGGAUUGUGUGCAAGACGACCGCUAUUUUCCCUGGCCAUGUCGUCCUUCGGAUCGACGUUGAGUCUCCCGCAGAGCCAUCGAAGGAGAAGGCGGAAGGACCUGGGCAGACCUACGCCUGUGGACAUGGACCUUGAAUCUAUCAGGGCAAGAAGGUCUCGACUGGAGGCCCUGACUGCCUCCCUUCGUCUGCCGCCCCUCGGGCCAGGGGCCGGGGGACUUUCCUUGUCACGCGCCUCAUCCCUGCCGGGGACUCCAAGCGCCCCUGGCUCUCCUUGCUCCUCGUCUGGAAUUCGGUCCCUCCACGACCCCCUUCCAGAGAUCGGGCGCCAGCGGCAGGACUCCCCUGCGCCCUCUUGCUCCUCUUUCUCCAUGUCCCAGCCCUCCUCUUCCCAAGGGGACGAGUUCCUUCCGAAGAUCAUGAGUCCUGAAGUUCCUCUGGCGAUCCCAGAGGAUAAGGAGGACGGGUCAGAGGUCACGGAGUUCCAGUUGGAAGAUGAAGCGAAGAUAUAUGAUGAGACAGAGGUAGAGAAAGAAAAAGAGGGAGAGGGAGACACAAAGAGUAUACAGGGUAAAAUGUCCUCUGAGAAUCUGGAGGCUGUAAUAGACGAUUCCUCAAACCCUGGAUGUUCUCUCGAUGCUGCGUCAGAACAUGUGAAGGAUAUCCACUGUGAGGACGCCGGUAGUGAUGACGAGAAAGAUUUCGAUAUUCACAAGACCGUCCUGAAUGAAAUAGAGCGGAGUCCUUCAAGUUGAUCUAGGAAGGACAUGGACUUCUUAUAGCGUCGUAGGAGAUUGGAUCUUUUAAGUUGACAAGCGUGCUAAUCUUUUUACGUUUCCUUACAUAUUCCCAUAGAACGUCUGAUUGAGAAAAGUUAUAAUCCAUAUACUUUGUCACAUGAUCACCCGCUUAUCGAUAUUGUCUUGGAAAUGAAAGGGGAGAAGGGUAAGGAAGAGAAGUAGAGGAAGACAAAGAAAGCACUAAUUAUAUCUUUGCUAUUUUUUGUGUUGUUAGAC